GUUCUCCGAUUUAUGACAGCUGAACUCGAUUUGGUGGAUAAACAAGAGAGAUCGAGGUCCAAGAGGCCAAGGCUAGAAGAAUUCUACCGGAAUAAAUGGAGGUUCUGGUAGGUUCUACGUUUAGGGAUCGGAGCAGCGUCACGGCGCAGGAUCAGGGUGUACCGGCGGCUCUGUCUAACCGGAUUGGUUUAAGGAGAUGUGGUAGAUCUCCGCCGGAGAGUUCGUCGUCUGUUGGAGAAAACAGCGAAAACGAGGAAGAAGAAGACGACGCCGUUUCAUCAUCACAAGGAAGAUGGCUUAAUUCGUUUAGUUCAUCUUUGGAAGGUUCUCUUCCGAUUAAGAGAGGAUUAUCAAAUCAUUACAUAGGGAAAUCGAAAUCGUUUGGGAAUUUAAUGGAAGCGAGCAACGCAAAGGAUUUGGUGAAAGUGGAGAGUCCAUUGAACAAGAGAAGGAGAUUGCUUAUUGCUAAUAAGCUAAGGAGAAGAUCAUCCUUGUCUUCUUUCAGCAUCUACACCAAGAUUAACCCUAAUUCUAUGCCUUUACUUGCAUUGCAAGAAUCUGACAAUGAGGAUCAUAAACUCAAUGAUGAUGAUGAUGAUAGUAGUGAUGAUGAAACUAGUAAGCUGAAAGAGAAGAGGAUGAAGAUGACGAACCAUAGAGAUUUUAUGGUUCCUCAGACUAAGAGCUGUUUUAGCUUAACUAGUUUUCAAGAUGAUGAUUGAUGAUCAUUUUUGUUUCUCUUCUUCUUUUGUCAAGAGUAGAUAAAGUUUCGUUGACAAUAAGUUGGAGGAAGAUUUGACAGAAACCAAUUUAUGUUUAAUUGUAAUAAAUUAAUUUGACUGUU